UAGCGCAAUGUUUGGGCGUACACAUGGCAAGCUAGACGUCCCACAGAGACCUGAGGAUCUGUAGCAAAAUAAAAAAAUAGAAAAAUCAGUCAAAAUUCAAGUAGUCUGGAAGUUUUCUUUUCUCUCAACUCAAUAAGGAUGCAUCCAAAAUCAUCGAGUGUACAAAAUGAAGUGGCAGGCGGGAUUCAAAAGCGUACCGUACGAAAAAGGAGUCUGGUUCAACCAAUUUAUGAACCAAUGAACAUUGAACUGUGCCAGGUGACAAAGACAAUCACCAUGAAGACACUCCCUCCACGUCUACCACCUACACCAGCUUGCAAUCAUUUCACGGGCAUCGGUCUUCUGGCUCUUCGUGCAAAUCUCACACCAGAUGAACGCCUUGGUGCCCUUGCUGCACCAAAGAAACGCCCACCAGCACUCCCCAUCCCCCCAAAUACUCCCGUAACAACUAUCGUAACACGCAAUAUCCCUCCAAGUUCGGUACGCAUCAACAGCCUGGCAAAACCAAUACCACGAAGAAUCCGUCAAACAUGGGAAAUGCACGAGGAUGUUCUGUCGUCUGGGCAAAAGAGGAAUUUUCAACUUCUCCUCCAACCAGAAGCCUUCACAACAGUUGCCCAAGCGGAAUACCUAAUUCGUGAGCAUCGUGCAUACCAGGAGUAUUUAGCAAUGAAAGAAGCUCAAGAGAAGCGAAGAGUUCGCCUAUCGCAAAAACGUGAAACAAAGAGGGUCACAGGGAUGAUUUUGGACGAUCUCAUUGAAGAGAUUUAUCUCAUUGAGUCAAUUUCGCAGAGGGUUGAAGAUAAAUUGCAGAAAGAAUAUCGAAAUUUUGGUUUAACUGUAAUUACAAAUGAUUCUUUACGAUGGGAUCUGACUUAUAGCAUUGCCAAAGAUCUUAUUGGAUUUUUUACUUAAAAAUAAAUAAAUGGCUAAAUAGAAUAUUUGAUAAAACUUACUCGCAAUCUGCCUCCUGUCCAGAACACUGAACAACA